UCACUUCUGUUGAGACAAGGGGCCGCCAGUCAGAAGUGAAGCUGCUGUCCGCUCCACUGGACCCGCUGAAAGAACCCGGCUCGCAGGCAGCGAGUAUCAUACACGCGAUGGAGACACUUUACUCCAAUUAUAUCAAAUCCCAUCACAUCUGCGAUCCGGGAAACGUCCCAGCCCAGGAGCAUCUGCAGCACGCAAGUACCCGGGGCGAGCGAGAGGUAGAAACGGGUGUGAAAACAGAAGACAAGCCCGGUGAAAGACUGCCGGAGGACGCGAGGAGGGCGCGCCUGGAGCAGAAGUGCGCUUCUCCGGGUCAAGUUGACGGGACCUGCUUGAAAAGAAAGCAGCGCCGGUACAGAACCACAUUCACGAACUUCCAGUUAGAGGAGUUGGAGAGAGCGUUCAGGAAAUCUCACUACCCAGAUGUGUUCUCAAGGGAAGAAGUAGCAUUGCGUCUUGAUUUAACAGAAGCCCGUGUGCAGGUUUGGUUUCAGAACCGCAGAGCUAAAUGGCGGAAGAGUGAAAAGGCUGCCGUUCUCAGUAACGAUCCCAGCUUAGCCAUGGCGAGCCCCCUUAGUGUGUAUCUGGACCUUCCCCUGAACCAGCCCUUGUCUCUGGACCUCGCUUGGAGAUCCACCCAUAUCCCGGUACUCGAGCUCCCCCCCUCCCCCACGGCUCCAGUCUUUACCCCCACUGCUGUGGGAAACCUGGGCCUCGGAGCGCUGACCUGGGCCUCCUUCCUGAGACAUCCUCUCCUCAACCCACAUUUCAACAGAUUCUUCACAGCAGUAAGCCCUCUGAUGGGCACGCCCUCACUGCUCAUGAAAUCCCCCGGACAGUCCUUCCAGCCCGCUUCCCUUGUCAUGAAGGACCCCAUGACCAGUGAAAGAAAAACCUCCAGCAUUGCGGAGCUGAGACUACAAGCGAAGGAGCACUCUGCACACAUGCCACCGCAAGAUACCUAGCCAUCAGAGACUACUGUGUUGUGCCUGGAGAACCCUGACAAACGCUACCCUGCCCAAGCAAUGGCAUGUGUGAAGCAGCAGCCCAGGGGAAGGCAGGUGGGUUCUGUUACUUGCA